AUUUUAUGCGAAUCGUUGCAUCUGUUCUCGCCCAAUCACCAAAUCCCCAAAAUCAUUUGUUUUUCUUCCAAGUUUCUGCUUUCUUUGUUGUUUGUUAAUUUGUUACCGUUACUUGUUUCUAUUGUCUUUUUUGCUCUGUAAUUUCUCUAGUUUUUUUCUGGGUUCUUGUUGAUCUCAAUUUCUUUUUCUGGGUUUUCGAUAAACCCCGUUGCGAUCCCGCGAAUCGACGCCGAGAAGAUUGCUUGCUUAUCGUGGAGCUUUUUUAUUCUGGUUCUCCUUUGAAGGAUGCUAAUGCAAUGAUCAUGAAUCAAGGAGGUAGUACCGAGACCAUGUCGGCAGUGAAUUCCAGUUCGCUGGAGAACUGGCACGUUGUUAAUGCAAGCCAAGGACAAACAUCUUCAUAUCUUCCUUCAACAGCUGGCUCCGAAGCCUUAUCAUGGACGGCUCCUAAGGUUGAUAAUCGAUUCACGGAGAACGGAAUUCCUUCUAACUUAACUUACCAUUAUGACCACCAGCACGUGCAACCACCUGUGAGUAGUUCGUCAAGUUUGGGAACAGUAAAUGCACCACAAGACCAUAAUGGAUAUGCAUCAUACAAUCCUUCUGAUCCAUAUGGUUAUGGAAGCACAGGAUACUCAGGUUACUAUAACGGCUACCAGCAGCAAUCUAAUCCUUCCUACUCGCAACCCGUAGGAGCAUAUCAAAACACAGGUGCUCCUUAUCAGCCUCUUUCCUCUUUUCAGAGUACUGGGUAUGCUGGGUCUGCAAAUUAUUCAAGCACUUAUUACAAUCCUGGUGAUUAUCAGACAGCGGGAGGUUACCCAAGCAGCAGUUACAAUAAUCAGACUACCCCAAGUAGCAGUUACAAUAAUCAGACGACUUCAAGUAGCAGUUACAAUAAUCAGACUGCCCAGUGGAAUGACGCCAAUUAUGCAAAUUACACUAAUUCUCAGCAAUAUGCACAUUACACUUCAAGUGCCACUACUGUUUAUAGUUCUGGUGCUGUAACAGCAACCACACCUGCAACUACAACUACCACUCCACUAAACUAUCAGCAGCAAUAUAAGCAAUGGACAGAUUAUUACAAUCAGACAGAAGUCACCUGUGCUCCUGGGACGGAGAAUGCAUCUGUUACCGGAACAUCAAAUUUUGCAUCUUCAGUUCCUAGUGUCCCCUCUGGCUACCCAACUUCGAACAACCUGCCACCACCCCCGUAUGCCCCAUCUUGGAGGUCCGAGUCCAGUUCGAAUGAGUUUCCUUCAGUGCAGUCUGGUGCUGUAGUUAACGGUGCUAAAGAUGGUUACUGGAGACAUGGGGCUCCUACUUCUCAAAACUACCAUACUACUCCAGUGCAACCUCAGAUUCAAACGCCUUUGGAUCAAAAUUCUUAUAAUAGCUUUCAGGAUCAACAGAACUCCUCAAUUCCCCAGGGACCCAAUUUGCAGUAUCCUGCUACUCAUCAGGUACCACCUCCGGUGCCUUCAUGUCCUCAGGGACCAAAUUUGCAUUAUCCUGCUACUUAUCAGGCUCCCCCAGCGCCCCCAACUUAUCAGCCAUCUCCACGAAGUGUCCAAUCUUUUGAAACACAAAGGGGAAGCAAACUGCAGAUUCCUACAAAUCCAAGAAUUGCUUCAAAUUUGACCUUCGGUUUACCAAAAACCGAUAAGGACAGCUCUACAACAACUGCUGCAGUAGCUAAACCUGCUUAUAUCAGUGUAUCACUACCAAAACCAAAUGAAAAAGUCCCAUCCAGUGCUGGUGCAGAUUCUUUACUAAAGCCUGGUAUGUUCCCCAAGUCACUACGUGGUUAUGUUGAGAGGGCUUUGGCUCGUUGUAAGGAUGAUACACAAAUGGCAGCUUGUCAGGCUGUCAUGAAGGAGAUGAUCACCAAGGCUACUGCUGAUGGUACACUUUACACCCGUGACUGGGAUGUUGAGCCGCUUUUUUCACUGCCAAAUGCAGAUGUCGUCAAGCAAGAUGCACAGAGUUUAACACCUAUUUCCUCAUCAACAAAGUUAAAGAGAAGUCCAAGCCGACGAACCAAAAGUAGGUGGGAGCCUCUUCCGGAGGAGAAACCAGUUGAAAAGCCAGCAUCCAUCAAUCAUGGUACUUCCAAUUAUGCUGGUUGGGUCAAUGAAAGAGACAGAAAGACAUUAAUGAUGAAUAGUGGGAGCAAGGGUGAGAAUAUGACUGGGACAAGAUAUUCUUCUCUGGAACAAAAGGGUGCAAACAAGUUCACCCAGAAGCCAGCUAAAAGGCAGUGCCUCAUGGAUAGUUUUGUUGCUGCUAACAAUGGUGACACAUCUAGUGAUAGUGACAAGGAACAAAGUUUAACAGCAUAUUAUGCAGGUGCAAUGGCACUUGAAAAUUCACCAGAGGAAAGAAAGAGACGUGAAAGUCGCUCCAAACGUUUUGAAAAUGGACAACGACAUGGAUCAGAAACCAAUCACCUUAAAUCGAAAAGUGUCGGAUCUGGAAACUUAUAUUCUAGAAGGGCGACUGCCAUGGUGCUGAGCAAGAAUUUUGAAGAUGGUGGCAGCAAGGCUGUGGAGGACAUUGAUUGGGAUGCUCUUACUGUUAAGGGGACAUGCCAGGAAAUUGAGAAGCGUUAUUUACGGCUUACUUCUGCACCUGAUCCGGCUACAGUAAGACCUGAAGAAGUACUAGAAAAAGCGCUUCUCAUGGUCCAAAAUUCUCAAAAGAAUUACCUUUAUAAGUGUGAUCAGUUGAAGUCUAUUCGUCAAGAUUUAACCGUACAAAGAAUUCGCAAUCAUCUAACAGUAAAGGUAUAUGAAACUCAUGCUCGGUUAUCUCUUGAAGUCGGGGAUCUACCCGAGUAUAAUCAGUGCCAAUCUCAGCUGAAAUCCCUUUAUGCUGAAGGAAUUGAGGGGUGCCACAUGGAGUUUGCUGCAUACAACCUACUUUGUGUAAUUAUGCAUUCUAAUAAUAACAGAGAUCUUGUAUCGUCAAUGUCGAGAUUAUCAAAUGAAGCAAAAAAGGAUGAAGCUGUUCAGCAUGCUCUUGCGGUUCGUGGAGCUGUCACAUCGGGAAAUUAUGUCAUGUUUUUUAGACUUUACAAGACUGCUCCUAACUUGAACACCUACCUUAUGGACCUUUAUGUUGAAAAGAUGCGUUUUAAGGCCGUGAGUUGCAUGUCUCGGUCAUAUCGACCUACGCUACCUGUUUCAUACGUUGCUCAAGUUCUGGGCUUCACUAGCGUUGCAAAUGAGGGAAGUGAUGAGAAAGAAUCUGAUGGUUUAGAGGAAUGUAUUGAAUGGUUGAAGGCACAUGGCGCAUGUCUUGUUGCAGAUAACAAUGGAGAGAUGCAGCUUGAUACGAAGUCAACAUCUUCCAGUCUUUACAUGCCGGAGCCGGAAGAUGCCGUGGCCCAUGGAGACGCCAGUCUUGCGGUUAAUGAUUUUCUAACGCGAACAUCAUCAUAACUAAUUUGACUGUAUCCAAUUGUAUUUGAGAUGUUUGACAGGAAUAUGAUGGAAAAUAAUGCUUGCCCUCCUUAAUCUGGCAUGCAACAAAGGAAAGAGCAGAUCGUUUUUGAGAACGAUUGCGCAUUCGGACAAAGCUAGGAUCUGUGGAAGCUGCCUGUAACAACUAGAUAGAGAGAUAGUCAAAGAUGUAGGAAUUGCAAUAUGCUUGCCCCCACAAAAUGGGGAUUCAGGAGGAAUUUUUUAGCAAUGUAGUAUUCCAUAGAUGUGUAUUUUUUUUUCCCCCAUAAAAACAUUAAUUCAUUCUUUUCUGCUUCCGGACAGAAUGGUAAAUAUACUGGAGGAAGGUGAAAAAAAGAAUUAUUGAUCUUUUUGUAUCUUAAGAUAAGAUUAAUCAAUGCUUAAAAAGUUUUGAGCUUGUAGUUCAAGACAACACGACGCCUUAGCAUCUGUAGUGUUUGGACGUAAUUUAUAAUAUUACAGUGACUUUGCGGGGUUUGCCUUUGUGAGGGUUGUUUGGUUAGACUGUAAUUUCCGAAGCUUUUAGGUCAACCAAUUUAAGCAUGAAUUUUUCUCGUCCUUU